CGCGAAAACCUUUAAUCGCAGCAGCCCAAUCCACAAGUUCUAAACUUCAUUCCGGCAAUGGCGUGACGCUAUUAUGACAUCACAACCAAUUCCAUCGGGUUGCGCUUGACAGCGUUCGAUCGAACAGAACAAGUCAGAGGCGAGCAGCCAGGGCUCACGGCAUUCCGCUGUUCCGUCUGCGCACCAUCACGGCCACAACAUACCUGUGCACACUCCGUCCUUAACGGGAGAAGGGCUUUAGUAGCUGUUGAUAUAUAUUGGAACAGGCUGUAGACUGAGAGAUUCUGAUCUGACGAGCGAGUCCUCAACAUACCGUCCCCGGUUCACUCCGCAAAGUGAAUUUAUGAUAAAGUUUUGAGGAUUUCUUUGUCAACUACCCGGACUGCGCUGGAUAUCAAGAGCGGAAUGAGUUACUUUACGAUGAUAAACUGUUGCCUGAUUGUUGGCGCGUGUCUGCUGUCCAGCCAAGUGGUCUGGAGUCAGCGUGUGCGAGUGGAAUAUGAAGUCACGGCAUAUCCGAAUGGGUCUGUCAAUCUACGCUGUGAGUUCACCAACAGUGGAAGCACCAAGCUCACACAGGUCUCGUGGAUGUUUGAGCGUAAUGAAGGUGAUAGACAGAACAUUGCUGUGUUCCACCCCACGUAUGGAGCGAGUUUCCCUAAUAAAGAUUUUGAAGGGCGAGUUAAGUUCACGCAAGGUUCCCUGGAGAACCCCUACAUAAGAAUCGACAAUCUGAGGAUGACUGAUGCAGGCAGGUAUAUCUGCGAAUUUGCCACUUACCCCAGUGGAAACGAGCAGGGAACCACCACUCUUAUCAUGCUGGCCAAACCCAGAAACUCUGCUGCCCCAGUCCCAGUGCAGGCCGGCUCUUCUGAAGUAGUCGUGGCACGUUGCGAGGCGGCCCAAGGAAAACCUGAGGCGGCUAUCUCCUGGAUUACAAGCUUAUCCGGCCGCUAUAACCACACUUCAGUGCCUGAGAGCGAUGGCACUGCGACUGUCAAGAGCGAGUAUCGGAUUGUCCCGACUCGUGCAGAAAACGGGAAAGACAUCACCUGUGUGGUCGAUCAGAGGACGCAGUCUGCAUCUCAGAGCUUCCCAAUGAGGCUGGUGGUGGAGUACCCCCCCACUGUGACGAUAGAAGGAUAUGAUGACAACUGGUAUAUGGGGCGGAAAGAUGCCGUUCUGAUCUGUCAAGCAGACGCAAAUCCAGCACCCACUGAUGUUACCUGGAUGGCUGUAUCGGGUCAGUUGCCGGCUACAGUACAGGUGGAUCAGAACCGGCUGUUGGUGAGGAAUGUGGACGAAACGGUGAACACCACAUUUGUGUGCGAGGUGAAGAACAGCCUGGGUUCUGGCAGGAAAGAGCUUGCCGCCACAGUUAUCGAAUCAACAGAAGACCCUUCCAGUGCAGGCAUUGUGGCGGGUGGCAUUCUGGGCAGCCUCUUGGCACUCGUAUUGGUCAGUGCAUUGGUGACUGUGUUGGUGAUGCGCAGUCAUCGCCAACAGCAAGGGUAUCCAGGCGACAGUGAGCAGGGAGGUUAUGGCAACAAAACCCGUCUUUUUGGAGGCAAGAAGGCAAGCAAGAAUGGCACAGGGGCCAACAACAAUGGACCAAUCUACACAUACCGCGAGAGUGAGCCAGGAACCCUGGCGGAAAAAUGCAACGAAUUCCCACACUUGACCACCAGCACACCAACUGCUCAUGACAUCCUGCUGAGCGAUGAGCUAAAUGAGGCAGAGCGCAGGAAGUUUGAUGCUUUCAACGACAGCAUGGAGGAAGAAGAAGAGGACGAGAGGUAUGAUCGUUUUGGCGGACUGCCACCCAGCUAUCAAAUACAUCGGCACGAGGACGAGUGCGCACCUUACCUUGACGACGACAUGGAGUCCCAGCGAGAUGGGUCCAUUAUCUCUCGGACUGCCAUUUAUGUCUGAAGGAGACAAACAGCGAGUGAUGAAGGCUGAUAGAAAUAUAAUACGGCUGACUGAUAUUUACUUGACCUAAACUUGACCUUUUAAUCAAAGAGACAGAGAUUAAUGUUCUGAGGAAACAUGCCAUCUAAAAAGAUUAGAGCAGUGGAACCAGGGUGGUUCAUGCUACUUCUGUGGACAAAGCACUCAAUAUCAUUACCCAAUGUAUUGUUAAUUCUCUCACCUCACAAUGCGUAGUUUUAUGAAAGAUGUGACACAAAAGACUGACCACAAGUAAAAGUUGUGAGAGAUUGUGAUUGUUGUGUAACUGUAACCUCUUAUUAAUGCCCAUUCUUGCAGGAAUUCAGCUUUUAGUGGUUCCGUCACUGCAUUGAGCACAAAACUUAAGUAAGCCCUUUUGAAGUGACUAGAAAGCCUUGUGAUUAUCCAUAGAGUGUUCUCAAUACUAUGCCACGCUGAUUAUGUCAUCCACAUGGAUGUUCAGAGUGGCUAAACAAUUCACUAAACAACUGUGACCCAGAAGGCAAGACUGUUCUAAAUAGUUUCCUGUCGAUUUGCUCGGAACAUUGUCUUUGAAAACAGCUGGAUUUUUUGUUAGCUAAAAAAGCAGACAAUGCACUGAUUAUUUCAGCAUCUGGGAUGUUCAAUAUGGUGCUGAUCAUCUCCGGCUGUGAAUCCCUUCAAUCAACACUUUUAACUCUCUCCCCUCUAAACGCAAUCCAAUUUUAAGCUCUCGUUCAUUAAUCGAAUGUCUUGUUAUGGUGAAGGAAUUUUCUGAAUUACUUCAGGAGUUCUAAACUGAGGUGUAAUAAUGUUUUUCCCUCCCUGUACUCUCCUGUCAGCCUCUGCAGAACAGUGUGUUCUGGACAAUAUUUAAUUCAGAAGGCGGCAAAAAGUGUUGUGCGCCUGACGUGUGCAUCCUAAGCUUAUGCUCUAAGCAUCCUUUUCCUGAUUAAUCCAGUUACAUCAAAACCAUAGAAUAAGACAGCUAAAACUGCAGACAGAGGCUGCUCGUAUGAGCAAACAAAACGCCCACAGCAUGCCCUCACUGCUUUCCAACAUAAACUUGCCGAAGUAGGUGGGAUAAACCAAACUGUUUUGGGAAAAGCAGGAAUCCUUUGACAUCUUCACUAGAAGCAGAUUAAGAUGAUUGAAAGGUAUUGCUGCUUGGUGGCUAAGGCGACUGACGUGCCUUUGAGUGAGAGAUUAUUCGACUGCGGACUGCGGAUGGACGGUGGCGGGGAGCUUUUAUCCAGGCAGCAUAUGCUGCCAAAGUUCAGCAGAGUCCACAGUUUUGAAUAGCUGCCAGCUGUGAAAAAAGGUCAAAGGGCAGACCGCACUUACCAUAUGUUCGGCUGCAAGAUUAGGCCACUCGCUUUACAAACCGUAGUCCUCUAGAGCUGUUCAGCAGUUUGUUUUGAAGCCUUGCACACAAGCCAACUUUUACCAAAAUGGCAUUUCAGAAAGUUUGUUGAUGUUUACAGUUAUAAACUAUGUGUGUGUAACCUUACAAAAUGUGAGUGCAUUCCAGAUGUGCAUCCAUUUGUCUGCUGUGCUUGUUGAGCGCAUGUUUUGCAUAAUAUCAUUAUAUUAUAAGUCAUUCAUCCUUGGUUUCACAGCGUCGAGCCUUCAGCGGAGGAAGGUUAGGCUGAUAAUGACAAAGAAUCCUCGUGCUGCAACACACACUCCAAUGCGAUACUACCCAGAAAGUAUUCUGAAUCCAGUAGAGCAGAUAUACAAUGAGUAAUUUGGAGAUUAUACUAUCUGGACCCAGUGACUGGAAAGGCGGUAAUUUCUAUAGCCUACAGAGAUGUUCACCCACGUUACAGAAUUGCAAGGCUGUUCGUUUGUCCCACUCCCUAAUAAGUUGCAUCACUGAGCUAAAAAAUAAGGAUGAGAAAGCUACUUUCCGAGAGCUCCUCAGGCCUUGAAAUGCUCAAGAUAAUGCCGACAACAAAGCCAAAAUUUGGAUAGCGAAAAUGGGGGACUUACUGCAUAAAUGAAUAGUGUGUUGUUUGCAGAUGCAAAUGUUUUAACUUCAGCAAACCUUUUAGUUUGAAUCAGCAGCAGAAAUACUCUUGCAGUCAGCAAGGCCUGUGGUGUAUCUGUGGUGUAUUUUUAUUUGGGUUAUGGCUAUACUGCGGUGAAGGUUGUGUACAUUUGACGUUAAAAUGCUUUUAGAGACACUGAAAGAGCAAUGUUGCCAAAUCAAGUUUUCACAAUUCUUAGUAUUAACGUUAAGUUGCAACUUUGGAACUUUUCUGAAUGUUAUGGAUAACAAUGUUGAUACAAUGUUAUCAUUUGCACAAUCCCAAGGCUACACAAUGAUUAAACAUCAGUAUACCAGUUACCAAGUAAUGUUUGGUGAUUAAAGAUCCCAUCUACUGUACCCAUAUGUGCACAAUAUUAUAAAAACGUUUAUUUUGAUAACUCUCAAAAGUUGAUCUAAGUGCCUUCUGGGAUGUGUUCCUGCCAGAUGAAAAAUUGCAAUCAAACGUAAAAUACAUAAACAAUAUUAUGGAGAGAGGAAAAACACAAUUGCCUAAGCAUUGGCAAAUUGCCCAGCACGAUGCUCCUUAAUUGCUUCGAAUUAAGGUGCAAGACAUUAUAAACUGUGGAUGACUUCCUUUGCUGAUUUUAACUUGUUAUUCACUCCAAAUGUUAUGUUGUCAAGUUGUAAUCCUAUAUACUAUAUGUGUCCAAACCCUAGUGAGCUACCUACCUAGACAGCACUGCACCAAGCUCAGUCAAAAACCCCCAAAAAUAUAAAAAUAAAUGAAACAAGAUGGUGGAUCAGUCAAGAGAAAUGUUGUUUAUAUAUAUAUUCUUUUUUAGUACUGUGAAGUAUCGAUGAAAAUAGAUCAAUCUAUUUACAAAAAGUACUAUUUUAUGCAGAAUUUGUGUGUAGUGUAUUUGUAUGCUUAUUCAAGUAUCACAUAUUUAGCUUAGCAACAUACUCAAACUCUAUUGGAAUUAAUUGUAGUCUCCUGUGCGCUACUAUGCUAGAAAUGCUAUUUGUGUGUUGCUACCUUUGCAGAGCGUACAAAAAUGGUUAAAAAGAUUCCAUUUCAGUUGGGAUGCUUCCUCAGAAGCUAGCUGCCAAUGUAGGCUCACUUGGUAUUGGAACAGAACUGUUUAUUAAGAACACUCGAACAGAACACUGUUGCCUAAAGUCAAACUUAGAGAGCCAAUCAAGGCUCGUGUCUUGUUUCUGUAUGUAAAUAACGGCAUUCAAAACAAAAUGUCCACAGUGUAAUAUCACAUCAUAUAACUGCUGUACUACUACAAGUCUUUCUAUAAAAAUGUGUGAGAAGGAUUAAUGCUGUUUCGUUUGUUUAAAUAUUUAUUUCAUUAUUGCUAAUAAUAACUAUCAAUAGAAAAGAAAAACGUGUUAUUCUGUGUGGUGUUGAUGAUGUGUAUCUUAACAUAACGUGACAUGUCCUAUGUUUGAUACAUAUAUAUAUAUAUAAAUACUGUAGAUGUAUGUACUGUAUUUAUUUACCAUCUGAAAAAUCCAGUAAGAAAAAAAAAAAUGUAUCGGUACUGUGUAAUAACAGAUGUAGUGGUUGAAUAUGACCAACACCAAAUAUAAGUGCAGAAGUAGCAUACUAGCCCAGAGUAGUCUAAAAUAUCCUCAGCUGCCUUUACGCAAGUGAUUUACUUCAGUUAGUUGGGAGUACUGCGAAUUUAGCAGAUGCACACUAGUUAGGAACUGACACAUGGCCUGUAAUGGAAGUACAGUACAGAUUAAAAUUCGCACAAAGUUUAUGCACUGACACACUGCCACCCCUCAACAUGACAUCAACACUAAACAAAAACACACAUUUUACAAAUUGACACAUUUGACUUUUACCUUAGCUAAAAGUUGACGAUGAAUAUCAAGAAAGCUGUUCAGAAUGUCAUCUUUCAUCCCCCCCAAAAAAAGAAAUUAAAUUUUGCUUUAAGAAAAUAAGGCCUAUUUUUUGCUCUGUGACAUUAUUUUAUAUCGAGAAUGAGAUCUCAUAAUGAUGGCAAUUACAAAGUAAAACAUCUGGACACAUUACAGUAAUGAGACUUUGGGGUAAAAAGAAUGUGCUUCUUUGUCAUUAAAAAAAUCAUAACGGUUCUAAAAUGGGCUUUAUUUUCUUUGUGCAAAAUAUAAUUUUAAUCGUUUCAUUUUGGGGUGAAAUGUGGACCCUAUUUUUGUGAGAUACACCCUUAAUGCCACCCUGCACACACUGUGGAUGCCAAGGAUUUGAUCUCCACAGUUAAAAGCGACUUGAGGACCUAUUACACUGACGCACAACAGUAUCAUCCUAUUUCAUACAAGACAAGAUUUCUUCAUUCCUCACUGGUCAUCGGGUUUUAUAACCCUGAAAGAUUCUAGAUGAAGAGGGAACCGCUGGGCAACUAAUCCUCUCUGAAAAUGGUGCCAAAAUGGGCGAAACACUGCUGGGUUAAAAAACUAUGUUUCUGAGAUGCCAUUAUGCAUUAGCCUGUCCGCAACCACUACUUCUAUUUUUUGAAAGCAGAAAUGGGUUAUGGGAUUCCCAGUUUACAUUCGCCUCUAGUCCCAAAGCAACAAAGAGCCAUUAGGCAAAAUUGCGAUUCCACACAUGGCAUUUUUAUGCACUGUUCCCUCUCAUCAGCUACUUGUGAAUGCUAUUAAUAAAUAAGAGAACUAGCAAACGCAUUACUAAUUGAUGCACAACCCUGAAUUACCUCCACAACAUUCAGUUGUUUUGCGUUUUGCUUGCUGCUUUUUUGUUUUUGUUGUGUACAAUAUAUGGUUUAGAUAUAUAAAGUUUUUCCACAAAUUUAAGGUAAAAAACUCUAACAUGUAUGGUGUGUUUAUUUGGAGGCAGAAAAAAAAACAGUGUAUAUACCAAGCCCAUGUCCUGUCAUAUUAAUUUUGUAUUCUGGUUGUAAUUAAAACC